AAGUAUAACAUUGACAUUUGUAUCAAACCCUUGGAUUGCAGCCCUUUUUAUUUUUAUAUUUUUUCAUUUUUGAAAGCAAAAGCUGAAAUAUAUUAUGAAUCAACACUUGGGAACACAGCUCUCGCAAUUUAACUACAGUAUACAGGAUUGUGCAAAAUCAGUACAGAGCCCCAAAACUGUGACACCACACUAGAAUUUUUGUGCAGCCCUUUUUAUAAAUAAAUUUAAGAAAUAUUGGUAAUUGUUAAUCUCACCCCUUUGUCAUCUAAUUCCACCCCCCUUAAAAUAGUGAAAAGACUAAAGUACCCCUUAAAAAACUUUAUCUUUCCAUCCCCUUCCUCCCAUCACCUUCUUCCUCGUACCUUCUCUUAUCUUUCUUCUUCUUUUACCAACACCUUCUCUUAUCCUUAAUUUCUCUCUCUCUAAACCCAUCCUCCUCCUCAUCCUCCAUUUCCACUGCCCCUUGAUCCGGUCGCCGCCGCCAUCUGCCCUUGCUCUGUUGUCGUCGUCACCGCUGCCAUCAGCUUCGCCAUCACCACCCUCACCUUGUUUAAGAAGGUAUUGCCAUGAGUCAAGUUAAGUCCUAUGAAGUUGACAAGCCAGAAAAGAAGUCAUUAUCUGGGAAAUUAGUAAAGACAGAGGAUGUGCAAGACAAGCCACUUUCUGAAAAAUAUACACAUGCAUUCACCACAGAUAAGGUAUUUGCUUCUCAGGAUAAAGUAUUGGAAUGGACUCGUAAUCUUGGGAAGCAACAUGUUCUUGUUAUUGUUAUCACGAAGUCUGAUAAUGGUGGUCUUAAGAGGAAGACCUUUAUGAUAUUAGGAUUUGAGCGGGGCAGCAAAUAUAUUCCGUACAAGGAAGUCUAUGUUGUCUAAGAUUAUAAGUUUUUAGGCUUAAUUGCAUUUUUGCUCCCUCAUCUUUCACCGUUGUGAGAAGUCAUUCCCCCAUGUUUAAAAUGAGCGGAUUACCUCCCUCAUGUAUUAAGUUGUUAAAUUUUG